AUGGACGCCUUUUGGUCGGGCAUCGCCAGCUCCACGCGCGUGCGCGGCGGCGAAGGCGCGGCGGGAGAUGGGCGACGCCCGGCCUCCGCGCCUCUGGACGCCCAGUCGGAGCCCGAUUCUAGCGACUCGGACGAGGACGGCUUCGAUCCCGACUUUGCCGCGUCGACGGGCGUGCGGAGGUACCUCGAGGCGUGUCAGCGCGAGGGCGUUGUGCCGGUGCAGCAGCUCGUCGCGACGCUCGACCAGGAGAGCGUCUUCCUGGCCCACCGCGGCAUCGGCCCGAGGGGCGGCCGACCCCUGUUCGAGUGCCUGCUCCAGAACCGCCACAUCACCGCGCUCGACAUCAGCGACAACGCGCUCGGUGGGAGGACGGGCAGCGGUACGUGCAUCGCCAGCCUGUGCGAGGCCCUCCGCGCCUCGAAACAGCUCGCCAGUCUCGACCUCGGCCACAACCGGCUCGGCGCCAAGGGCUGUGAAGCGGUAGCCGCCGCCGUCGCGGGCGCUGUAUCGCUGACCGACCUCUCCAUCCGCGGCAACGCGGUUGGCGAUCGAGGCGCGCAGGCGCUCGUUCAGGCAAUCCGCCCGCCCGCAAAGCUCGAGAGCCUCGACCUCAGCGACAACGGCCUCGGCGACGCAGCCGCGCCGGCGCUGGCAGACUUGUUGCUCGCAACGACGCCGCUGCGGAUGCUCGACGUGUCGUGGAAUGCGUUCGGCCCAGGUGGGGCCGUGGUGGUGGCCGAGGCGCUGCAGACAUCUUCCCUCUCUCGCUUCAGCCUCGCAUGGAACGGGAUUGGCGAUCGCGGCGCCGUGGCGCUCGGCCAAGCUCUGUCUGUCAACGCUUCUCUCGAGUUCCUAGACGCGUCGUCCAAUCGCGUCGGCACGAGCGGCGCGGUGGCGAUCGCCGAGUCGCUGGGCAGUAACACGUCGCUCCGCUCCCUUCAGCUCAACGGCAACCCGCUCGGCGAGGAGGGUGCGCUCGCGUUGGUCGAGGCCAUCGGCCGCACUACCUCUGUGCGCGACCUCGGGCUCAAGGACUCGCUCACCGUCACGCUCACUAGCAAGCGGCACUGCAAGGCGAGCAAGUCGGGGACGGGCAUCUUCGACCCGCUCAACCCGACGGGCUCGUACGGGCUCGAUCUCGCCGCGCCGCCCGACCGCGAGGUACUGGAGCGACUGCUCGAGGCGGACCGCAUGGACGAGGCCUCCGGCAUCGACAACUUUCGGAAUGUCGUGUACGAGGGCCGGGCCGUCGGCUUCCCCGACGGGGAGGACAUCCAAGACUGGCCGAUUCCCGAGCGCGGCGUGCUCACCUUUGACUACGUCUCGGGCAAGAAGCUCCCGGGUGGCGCGCAUCCGAUACGCGAGGAGGCCCUCACCUCCUUUUUGCGCUCCUUCAGCAGCCCGGCGCUCUCCGAGCCAACCAAGCUGACCAUGCUGCGCACAGCGGCGACCACACACUACUACCGCGCGGCGCAAGCGCGGCGCAUCAUCUCCCAUCUCUCCUUCCCGCGGCGCGCGGACGCCGCCGUGAUGCUCUUCCGGCGCAUCGUCGACCUGGGGCGCUUUGUGGACGAGGUGUACAGGCCGCUGACAACGGUGGAGAAGAGGGCGCUGAGGGAGCGCUUGGGGGAGGCGCUUGCACCGCUGCUGCCGCCCGAGGAGGAGCAGGCCGAGCUGCUGGCAUCGGAGGCGGCCGAGGUGGCCGCAUGCGACGAGGCGCCCAAGCGGCGGGCCGAACCGCCAUGCGCAGUCGAGGCGCCAUCCACCCUCGAAGAGGCACGGCAGGAGCACGCGGAUCCUCACCCGAGCGGAACGGAUGCAGCAGACGAGGAGCACGCCGAUGUCGGGCAGGGGGCGGCUGAGUCGCCAAAGACCGAGGAGGAGCCGCCGCCGGCAGCGCCAGCGUCAAGGGCAGCCGAGACGCCCGAGAUGCCGUCGGGCGAUGGGGAGCAGGAGGAGGCCGAUCUGACGUCGCCAGAGGCGCUGGAGGGGGGAGAGGUGGGAGCGGCCAUUGCGCCGGCGGCGGGGCCAGCGGGGGCAGCGUCAAGCAUGCCGUCGAGGCAAGGCGACGACGAGCAGACGAGGCUAAGCGACGAUGAUGAAGUUGAGGACAUCUCACCGCCGCAGCCGCUGCUGGGCGACACUGCCGCCCACUUUUGGCUGCUGGUGUCGGCGGUCGGCACGUCGGUGGGCCACGCCGGUUUCUCUUUUGCUGGCUCGCGUCUUCGCAGCAGCAAAUGGGCCGUCCCUGACGGCGGGACCCACCUGGGCGCGCAGGUCGUCAAGACCGACGUCUGCGCGUACAGCGGCCUGCGGAUCUACCCGGGCCACGGCAUCUUCUACGUGCGUGCGGAUCAAAAGAGCUUCAAGUUCAUCAACCGCAAGAGCAAGUCGCAGUUUCUGCAGCGCCUGAACCCGCGCAAGAUCGCGUGGACGCAGCUGUACCGCCGGAUGCACAAGAAGGGCACGAUGGAGGAGUCGACGCGCAAGAAGGCGCGCGCGCGCCCCGCUCGCUUCUCGCCGCGCUAG